AUAUUGCCAAUAUUUAUGUUCCAGAGAUUUUGUGCAAUCAACAAAAUAUACGUGACACCAUUUGAACAAAUAUUCAAGGACUCUUAUGAUACGAUACACCGACUUGAUACAAAUAAAUUAAGAAAUGUAUCCAAAUUCUUCGCACAUCUAUUAUUCACCGAUUCAAUAUCGUGGGAAGUUUUAUCUUGCGUAAAAUUAAACGAGGAGGAUACUACGAGCUCAAGUCGAAUAUUUAUAAAAAUAUUAUUCCAAGAACUUUCCGAAUAUCUUGGGCUUUCAAAAUUGAAUCAACGUGUUAAGGAUCCGACUUUAGAAGAAGCAUUUGAAGGCCUGUUCCCGAGAGAUAAUCCGAAGAACACAAGAUUUGCUAUAAAUUUUUUCACAUCCAUCGGUUUGGGAGGCCUUACAGACGAACUGAGAGAACAUUUGAAGUCACGUCCAAAAUCAACACCCAUAACGGAUGUAGCUGAGGCGAAUAAUGAAUCUAUGAACGAAAAUAGUUCAUCGACAACGUCCGGUUCAAAUUCAUCUUCAUCCAGUUCAGUCUCUUCAACUGAUAGUUCAGAUACAGGCGGAGUUUAAUAAAGGGAGAAGAAGGUGUUGAAAGAGAAAAGGAAAGUGCUGGUGGCGAAAAAAAUAAAUAAAAAGGAAAGCAAGGUGGUAGUGAGGCGAAUAAGAGUCGAAGCCGUGGAGGAGAAAAAGGAAGAGGGAGAAGGAAUAGAGAAGGGACAUCGUCGGGAGAGACUAUCAACAAUUGCUAUUAUUCUUGAAU